CCGGAACAUAACUCUCGCUAAUUGUCUAUGAAGACAAAUUAUCAGUGUUCACAUCUUGAUUGGAUGUUUGGAAGAUUAGUCUUAUCAUGACCACGUGAUAACACAGAUGGAUUACAUACCCCGUAGGCCAGUGAAAUUGUUUACUUUCUAUUGUUGAUGCGAACUGACGUUUACUGGCUGUAAGACAGAAUGAAUGCUAUGGAGCGCUUUCCAAAAAACAGAAUGAAGGUGACCAUUUUGGGGGACAGUCGCGUAGGGAAGACGUGUUUAAUGUUGCGCUAUUUGUAUGACUCCUUUGACAUCGAUCCUCGAAUUUUAUACAUAGAAUUCAGAAACAAGACAGUUGACGUCUCGGGGGUAAAGGUCAUGCUACAGAUUUUAGAUACAGAUAGCAAUAAGCGUUUUCGACCACGAAUAACGAGUUCUCUCAGAAACUUUGCCGGUAUUAUUAUAGUUUUUGACCUGACCAGCAAGUCCAGCUUCGACACCGUCCAAUAUUGGUUGCAACAGGUCCACGAACAUGCUGGAGAAAAUGUUGACAUUGUACUGGUCGGCAACAAGGUUGACCUGGCCGAGAGCCGAGUCAUAGACCACGAGACGGCCUCCUCCCUGGCCCAGACCUUUGGGGCCAUGUAUGUUGAGUGUAGCGUUAAAACAAGGUACAACGUCAACCUGGUGUUCAACUCGCUGGCAAGCAAGUGGGCCAAACACGUGCCUGUCCAACAGGAAGAGCCAUUACGAUUAGAAUCAGAGACAUUUUACCAGGUUCCUUGUUAUGGGAAAGAUACAUGUUCGUUAUUCUAAAUCAGGGGUCUCCAAACUACGGCCCGCGGGCCGGAUGCGGCCCUCGAAGUCCUCUCAUCCGGCCCGCGGAGAUCUUUUUGUCCAAGGAAAAAUCGUUUGUUGGUGAUGGCUGAGGAACUUAGCCCAGAAAAAUCAAAGACAUGCCUGGAAGAAACUGGCCCCCGAACUGAAAUUUGAUAUUUAUUGCGGCCCUCGGACUGAAAAGUUUAGAGACCCCUGUUCUAAAUCACAAAGAUAGCGCAGAUUUGUAAAAGUUUAGAAGAAUCAGAGACAUUUUACCAGAUUUCUUGUUAUGGGAAAGAUACUAUUUCGUCAUUUCAAUUCAAUAAAGAGUGCAGAUAAAAAAAAUUAAAAAAUCAUCGACAUUUUACCAGGUUCCUUGUUAUGGAAAAGAUACAUGUCCGUCAUUCUAAGCCACAAACGUAGCGCAGAUUUUUAAAAAAAAGUUGUAUCAAAAUUUGUAUUUGGAUGAAAACAUUCAUAUUUUUCUAAUGUAUAAGUUAUAACCCAUUAACUAAGAAAAGUGGAAUGCUUAUAUUGGUUUGUCUAAUACUAAAAAAAAGUGAUUUAUUGAUAAUUAAGCAUCCAUAAAAUAGCCUACAUUCUAAUUUUUUUUUUUAAAUCUGUAUUUAAUGCGGUUACGUCGCUAGGUCGGGUGACACCCCGUAAGGCAUGUUAUGGUGUCACCCCCUCCCGAAAUACACAUAUAUAUACACACACAUAUAUAUAUAUAUAUAU